CGGUAUGUUUCGUUUACUGGGAAACCAGAUGAAACACGAUGCUUUAGAUUCAUUACCCUAACUUCCCGGCGCCUGAUUUACUGAGAAAUGAAAGUUACCGAGCAUGAGCAGAGUGAGGGUAGGGUGAGUCAGUGUUGGAGCAAGCCUUUAUAAACGACAGGCUGAAGCAGCAUCUCUCUCAGUGUCAAAGGAACUGAAGACCUUCCACACGUUAUGACUCAGCAUCCAACUCAAGAAGGAUGAGUGGGAAGACCAGACAUAAAACCCGGAGGUCCUUUGGGGCUACAGCGCCACCUUUUCUUGACUACCUGAAAGAUAUUCUUCGUCGAUAUCCUGAUGGUGGACAAAUUUUGAAGGAACUCAUUCAAAAUGCUGAUGAUGCUCAGGCAACAGAAGUGAUUUUCAUCCAUGAUGAGAGGAGCUACGGCACUGAGAGUCUUUGGAAUGCCAAUCUUGGACAAUAUCAGGGCCCUGCUCUGUAUGCCUACAACAAUGCUGUGUUUACUGAAGACGACUGGGAAAGAAUUCAAAUGGCUGGAAGAAGUGGCAAGAUCAAUGACCCGAAUAAAAUCGGGAGAUUUGGAAUUGGCUUCAACUCCGUUUAUCACAUAACAGAUGUGCCCAGUAUUUUCAGCUCAGGACAUCUUGGACUGAUGGAUCCCCAAGAGGAAAUAUUUGGUGAUAAGGGGUUUUGGUGGAUUUUGAAUGAACCUGAAGACCAAGAAGCUUUGAUGACAAUGCAUGACCAGUUCCAGCCCUACAGAGACAUAGUUUCAGUUGUAGGCAAGCAAGAAUGGUCAACAAUCAUAGAGGAUCAGCACUUCUCUGGGACACUUUUCAGGUUCCCGUUACGCAACAAAGCAUCAGAGAUUUCAGACAAUCUAUAUGAUUCCGAUAAAGUGGUUGAGCUUUUUGAUAGCUUCAUUGCAGAUGCAGACUUGAGCCUUCUCUUUUUGAAAAGUGUGGACACUGUGUCCUUGAUCCACAUCAGUCAGGAUGGUACCAUUAACACCAGGCUUCAAAUAAAAUCCUCAGAACCAACAGAAGUUCUUCUGAAGCAAGAAGAUGAGUCUGAUGUUGAAGGCUUGACAAGAAUCAAAUUGAUAACUCUAAAUUCAGAAGAUCAGAAAAAAACACAAUGGCUUUUAACAACAAGCACCAUGAAAGAGGGAAAAGCACCAAACCUUGUUGACCUUGCCAAAAAGUUGAGCUUUUUACCCAGAGUAGACAGCAAUCUACUCUUCCUGUAUCUUCUGUGUACAACCUGUGGCCUGAUGUUACUCAAAUGCAGCACAAAGACAAAUGGCUUGAUAUUGCUGUGGAUGUUUUUCAUCACUUACUCAAUGAGAACCUGGCUGUUUUCUCUCUUGCCAGAGAUGAAACACAGUUUGUCCCUCUAUCAAAAGCUGUGAUACCCUGCAAUGGGCCAACAACAGCUGAGACAGUAUCUGCCAUUAAAAGGACUUUAGUUUCCUGCGGGGAAAAUCUUGUGAGUGUCCCAGCUACUGUAGUGACAGCCAUUGAGACAUUUACACACACCAACCCACAAC